AUGAAUGAUACGAGUCGUCGAAGUUCACAAGUAUCAUUUAAUGAUGCAGAAUUAGACUCAUUCACCAAUGUCGAUGAUAUUUUCAAAAAACUAAACAUAUCUCAAAUACAACAAUUGACAAAGAAAUAUAAAUCAGUUAUUGAUUCGACUAAAAAUGAUUUACAUAAUCUUGUUGGUAGUAAAUAUCGUGAUUUGAUCAAAAUUGCUGAAGAUAUAGAUGAUAUUUACCAAACAAGUAACGACAUUGAUUCAAGGAUUCAACAAUUAUCCUAUAAACCAACGAAAUUUGGGUCAAUUUAUCUGGAUAACUAUGGAAAAUUUGAUUCUUAUUGCAGAAAGCAAAAUACUUUAACUACUAAAAAGGAAACAAGAGCAAUUGUUGUUAGAAAUGUUAUAAAUAAGAAAUUAAAUAAAUUGGAUCAAAAAAUUAGACUGGGAAGUUCACCAUUAGUUCAUACUUCAAAUUUUAUCUACUACUCAAAAGUUUACUACACUAUUGAAACGUUGUUUAAGGAUAUAAUUGAAAAAGACGAAAGUAUACGUCUGUAUUUUUUCCAAUUAAAGAGCAAUCUUAAUGAUUAUUUAGAAUUGGAAUUGUCAAGAUACAAUUUGCCAGAAUCAAUUGUUCAUGCCAAUGAUAAAUUUAGACCAAGCCAACGUUUGAAUACAAAUGAUCUUGUUAUGAAUAAUUCUCAGAUAUUGUUACAAGAUGAUUUUGAUAUUGAUUAUGAAGUCGAUGAUGAUGAAUUAGAUGAUGGAAAUGAUGACGAUAAAGAAGCAAACAAUGCAUUUGAAGUUGACGAAAUUGUGAAUUCUAAGCUCGAGUCAUAUGAUAAAAAUACCCUGGUUAUAUGUAAUUAUUUGAUCAGUUAUACUAUCUUAAAUGGAGGAAAAGCCCCGGUUGCAUCAAAAUUUAUUGAAUUGAGAAUGGCGUAUAUCGAUAGUUUGUUGAAUGAUCUUCCAACCAAAUCUCCAUUAGACCAAGUCAAUUUCUAUCAGAUAUUUAAAUUCUUAGAGCAUACAUGCAAUUAUGUGGAUAGCUAUUUUGAAAAGACCUCUAGUGAUUAUCAUAGAAUUUUAACUCACGUUACUAAACCAUGGAAUGCAACUACAUUGAUUGGCCAUAAAGUCUGGAUCGAAGAUGAAUUGAUCCAAUUUGCAGCUGAUUCCACAACUACUUUCGAUCGUGCAACCAAAUUCACAGAACUCAUUAAAUUAGUGUUUGAUUUCACUAUCAAAAGCUUACCUCAAGAUAAUAUCAAGUUUGAGAAUUUAACAUUGACUGUGUUUGUUUUCCAUAACUUCCUUGUUAGUUUAAAAAGAUUGCAAGAUUCAGUAGAACUUUCUGGAUUAGAUUCCAAGUUUAUUGCAGUGAUGUCCAAGACCAAUUUGUUAAAUGACUUGUUAGUUAAAGUAGGUUCGUUCAUAAAUUCAUCUUACGUGAAACACGCAACUAGGUUGACUUUAGGGAAUGAAAAAAGUAUAGCACAACUAAUGGAACAAACAUUGCAAUCAGAUUUAAAUCAAAUUUCGUCUUAUCAGUUAUUUACUCCUGAUUUGGUCAAUUUGAUGGAUGUCAACACUGAAAGGUAUAUUCAAAUCUUGUCGGGUGAAAAUCCUGUUCAAGAUGGUAGCAAUGCUCUUGUUGAAUUAACUGGAUGGUUUAAAGAGUAUGAAAAGUAUAAUAGAAUCGUUAAGAUUGAAACUGAAGAUUCAAGAGGUAGCAAAUUAGAUGCAUUCAAAUGUGUUUCUCAUUUGCAUACUUAUCUUCAAAAUGUUUCAUGGGGAGAUUUCAAAGUAGAAGAAUUUGACAAUGAAUUUAGAAAAUUAUCAACUACAAUGAAUGAUUUAUUCUGGGAUCAAAUAUCUAAAUUCCUUGAAUUUAUUUCCAAAGUAUCUGAAUCUGUUACGACUACCGAUAAGAUUGUUUAUAUAAUUGGUAUAACCAAUCAAUUGAAAGAAAAGAUCUCCACCAUGGAAUCCACAGACACUUUUAAAUCAACAAAUGAAUCCAUUGAUAACUUAAGCAUUCAAUUAUUCAAGAGAUUAAUUAAUGAUAUUCCAAAUGAAGAGAUACUCAAACUAUUGGAAAACUCAAUAAUUGAAAGUAUUGAACUUGAAGGUAAUGAUAUUCCAACUCGACCAAAUUUAAAACUAACAGCAAUGAUUUAUAAAUUAGCUAAUGAAUAUUUAAAAGUUUCUGAAAUUUCAAACAAUUUGGAUAUUUUCCUGAAUUCCAAAAUUAGUCGUUGUUUUGUUGAUACUAAGAAUAAUUGGUUUAAGGAUGAAUUGAUUGGGAAGAAGUUUAUCAUGAACUUGGAGACGACUCUUGAUGCAAAGAAGGAGAAGAAUCAUGAUUUAGAAAGUGGCAAGGUAGAUGAUUCUAAUGAAGAGGAAGUCAAGGAUGUACCCGAGCAAGAAGCAGAGAAAGAUUCCAAAGAAAAUUCAGAAGAAGACUCCAAAGUCGAGUCUGAAGAACCAAAAGAGGAUGUUAAUGGAUCAGAAUCUGAAUUGAAAGACGAAGAGAAGAACGAUGAACAAGAAUCACAACCAGAUGAUGAUAUUAAACCAAAAGGUGACAAUUCUGAGGUCAUCAAUGGAUCUAGUACUAUUUCCAAAACUCAAGCCCUUGCGAUCUUGGCUAAUUACACAUUCCUUCUACAUUUCUUCACGUCAAAAGUUGAAUUGGAAGACACCAAUACUAUUAUUGAAUUGAUAAAACAACAUUAUAAUGGUGACAUUGAGAAAUCUACAUUAACCAUUGUUGUUGAUGGGGUUGCUUCAUUUUAUAGAUCACAUAAAAACAUCUAUUUACCAUUACUGGUAUUAGAAUAA